CAGUGGCUUCACAUACUGUCCGAAAUAAGUAAGCCACAUCCAGAUAAAACAAACACUGAUUACAUAUCAUCUUUGGUAACUCAUCGUCGAUUGAUACCUACGAAAUACACAAAAAGUAGUUAAUUUACCAACAAAAAUCUCCUUACCUGAACUGAAGCACAAUAAACAAUUUUUUCUGGACGGUUUUUUUCAAAGAUCGGGUUAAGGCGGUGUUUGCCAAGACAAACCCGGCACAUUUCGUCAAUUACCUGCAUUUUUUUGAGUAUCUAAGAUUAAUUAAUCGACUUUUUGGAUAUAAAAGUGCGGUUAUGUUUUGUUUUUGUGACAGUCAUCUGUUCUUUGAGGUUAUAUAACAUUGAAAAGGGGCCAAAAUAAGCGCAAAAAUUCUUUUGGUUUCAUUUGAAUUGUGUAAUUUGUAAGUAAAUUCGUCAAAAUGAUGCGAUAUACUGAAGAAAAUGAAAGAUUGGCGGAUCAAUCGGCGUGUGCCGGUAUUAGGGCUGAUCUGAAAAUGUGUCUUCUGGAAAGCGAUUGCUGCAAAAUUCAUAGGAAAACACCUCGCGAAUGUUUAAGGUCAAACGAGGUUCCUAAUGAAUGUUUAGCUUUGAGGAAUACGUUUUUUGAAUGCAAAAGAUCAAUGCUAGACAAUCGACAAAGAUUUCGAGGACGGAAAGGGUAUUAAAUAAAGGUAACAAAUAAAGUAGUUGGAUUUCUCUUGAGCAUUGCAUAUAUUUAAAUAAAUCUUUCUCUUAUA